AUGCGCCUCCGUCGCAGUUCGAAGAUUGAUUUGCAAUCAGCGUUGCUUCCGCUGUAUGUGGUGUCGAAAGUAUGCUGCCUUAAUGCGUACGACUACAGGCCGCCAAAAUCGAAACCGAAUCCUGGGGCGCCGGGGAACUUCAACAAUGCACCAAUUAAUCGCACGAAGGAUCUGAUCAUAUCCGUGGAUGGGAGCUGCCGGGCUCUUCAUCCGGACGCUUCCGCUGACGAGCCGGCGCCGAGUCGAGUGUUGACGUUUUCGAUAAUUGGAAUCGUGCAUGCGGCCAGCUGUAGCCUCGGCUACUCCGCGUACCACAUCAUGUCCUCGCUGCGGCAGUCCAGCAAAUUAACUGACACCAACCUGGUCCGGGUGGCGAUUGAUUUGAAGAAUCAGUACGUCGGCUGCCUGCUGGUGUUGGCUCUCGUUACUGUGUCGGUCAUCCGUCAGCCGGCCCUCGGCCGGCUCAUCGGCACGCUGCUCCGGAUAGACGAGGCCAACGAGCGGACGCUUUCGAGCCUACCUGGGCCUGGACACCGGCCGAGCUCGGUAAACAAUGCCGCCUGGCUAAGGAACAUCCUGGUGAUGCUUAUCUCCGGCGUUGGCGUGAAAGCGGUGCUCGAGGUGACCAACUGUCUGAUGUACAUCCGCGACAGUGGCUCGCCCUUUUCGUCGUACUGUUUGGUGCUCUGCAUCGUGCCGCAAACCCUGUGCGUUGUUUGCGAGCUACAGUACGUGGCGUUCGCGCUCCUUAUCCGGGACCGGUUCCGGCUGCUCAGUCGGAUGCUUCUUCGGCUGCAGCCACACCUGCUGCGAGGUGAUGGCCAGGCAUUCGGGUUAAUGCGACGGAUCACCUCCGUCCACGUGCAGCUGACGAAAGCCAUCCAGCUGCUGAACGAGUCCUUCGGGGUGCAGAAUGCCAUCCUGUUGCUGUUCCAGUUCGUGACGCUAGUCGAGCUCGGUUACAACGCCUGCAUGAUGGUGGUCCGGUAGGUACGCCAGUCCCGCCUGAUUUCCCUCAGCGCACCCAAAGUGACUACUUUCCACUCCCACUCGGUUCACCUGUUCGAAUACGAUGACGAUGAUCCGACAGUUUCACACGAGUUUGUCGAAACCGUGCUCUGGGUUGGUUGGUUCUUGCUGGAAAUAUUCGUGUUUUGCUACUUCAGCCACAUCCUGAUCGACGAGGCACGGGAAACGAACAACCGAUUGAAGCUGCCGGGUGUUUAUAGCUUGACUCAAGCGGACCACUUCCGGCUGGUUUCCUAUGAGCAAAUAAGAAUGAUUAACGAGAGACUCAGUUGCAGCUGUGCAGGACUAUUUGUGGUGGACCUUUCAUUAUUGUUUGCGAUAAUCGCUGCAACGACCACGUACCUUAUCAUAUUGAUACAGUUCGAUCAGUCGUUUAACGAGAGCAGCUGA